UAGAUAUUAUUAAAAAUGAAUUUGAUGGUCAGUUUUACUUUGACAAUUCUUAUCUUCGGUUCGGUACAUAGUUGUUUAACGAGUGGCUUUUGGAGCCAUACAGAAGACAAUGAAGUAGACGCGCAUGAUGAACAAAAACAAUCAACAGUCGAGGGGAAUCCCACAACUGAGCGGGACAUUAAAUACAAAGUACCGCCAGUAAAUGCAAACAAAUAUAGAACCGAACAUGAGGGGAGUCCCGGUAUUUACCCGAAUGGAAUUCUGACGAGGUCAACUCUAGAACGCUUGUUUGAGACCACGACAUUCCAACGAAUAACAUCCGAAUCUGAAACAAAUGACAUUAAUACGAAAGGAAUAAGACCGAGGAGUACCUCGCAGAGGCCACGUUCAGUAAAGCGCAAAAAGAAAGGAAGGAGAGCAUCAAUUCAUGUUAUACCUGACACUCAAUCCGAAUACCCACUUCUGGUGUCUUUUGAUAAACAUGGAAACAUCAACGGUAAAUGGGUCGUAGAAUCAAUCACAAGUACAAAAAUGGGUCUAAUAAUCGACUCUCCAAAAGACCACUCGUCCUACAAUGUGGCAUACAUCGAGGUGAAAAGAACCGGGCAGUAUUUCAUAUAUGGACAAGUUUUCUUCCAUGGAGAAGAUCAUGAGAUGGCCCAUUGUUUGCACGUAGCUGAUAAAUACACGCCGUGUUCGGAGACUACAUGCGGCGAUCGGAAAGUGAUGUGUUCCCGAUCAGCGCCGGGACAUCCCGAGACUAGAAAAAAAGUCCAAAAUGUGAAUACGAACUAUAUAGGUGGCGUUGUGUAUUUACAAAAAGGAUCCACCAUCCGACUAGCAAUUGACGUUGAUCUGAAUAUGAACAAAGAGAAAGCAAUUGUGCUGGACAAGUUAAUGUGUUAUUUUGGUGCCUUUGCAGUAUAAACUGUAUUCUAACCACAUAUGUCCAUGCUACUCAUGUUAAUAAUACAUGACACCGUUGUUGUUGGUAACUUCGAGGCGAGGUUGAAGGGCAUACGUACAUUGACCGGAAAAUCUCCACUCCAAAAGUGAGUGUUCUCGGACCGCGUGUUCUUCCAAAGCUGCGUAUUCGGUAGAUAUUUAGGAACAAUGAGUCGACAUCUACAGCGUGUCUUUGGAUAUUAAAGACUAACAUAUUUUCGUAGCCAUAAAGACAUAAACACAUUCCAAAAGGUUUGUUUCGUUAUCUUUUUACUUUCCUUUUGAUGUUGUCUUUAUACGAAUGGUUUGACAUUCUGCCAAAGUCUCAAGUGAUUGACCCAGAUGUUGCAUUGGCAUAUCCUUCCGCAAUCGAAGAAUUACAG